GAUGCUACUAAAAUCUAGGGAUUGGUAAAAGUAUACAUGCUGCAAGAUAAUAAUUGCAGAAUCAUUAUUGAGAUUAACUAUGUCCAAUAUAUCUCUGUGUUACGGGGGAUCUAAAAUAUAAGUACUUCUCAUUGCAGUAUUAUAGAAUUAGCAAAUAUAUAUCAAUAGUUUGAAAACAUUUUUGUGAAUAGGGUGUCCAACAAAAACAUACAUAGGAACAGAAAAUAAUAUUACGAGAAUGGUAACAAUAGCAAAAAAUUAAAUAAACCAAUUGGCUAUGUUUAUUUACUUAUAUGCAUCUGAAUGAUCUCUUCACUGCAAGAUUACUUUUUAAAACAUAUUCCCCUACAAUAACACAACCAUAGACAAUCUUAUUAUUUUCAGACAUUGGAGCAAAUCUUACUGAUGCCAUGUAUUUAGGGAUAUACAAUGGCAGUAAGAAACAUGAAUCUGAUUUACAGCAAAUAUUACAGAGAAGCUGGGCUGCAGGCUUAUGCAAAAUGAUCAUAACUGGUGGAAAUUUAGAAGAAAGUAGAAAAAGCGUAGAAUUAACUAAUAUGGAUGACAGGUUGUAUGCUACAGUAGGUUGCCACCCAACAAGAUGUGGAGAGUUUGAAGAAAAUGGCACAAAUCCUGAAGAUUACUUACAAAAAUUAAAGGAUACAAUACUUUCAAAGCAAGACAAAGUGGUGGCUAUUGGGGAAUGUGGUUUAGAUUAUGACAGAACACAAUUCUGUUCAAAGGAUGUUCAGAAAAAAUACUUUGAAUACCAGUUGAAGUUGACCGAAUAUUUUAAAUUGCCACUUUUUCUGCAUUGUCGAAAUGCGGCUGAUGAUCUGUACAAUAUUCUGUCAAAACACAGUGGGCUGGAAGGAGUUGUGCAUAGUUUUGAUGGAACUUCUGAAGAAGCUAACAAGUUUAUUGACUUAGGAUAUUAUAUUGGAUUGAAUGGAUGUUCCCUAAAGACUGAAGAGAACUUAGAAGUAGUAAAAGCCCUACCAGCGGAAAAGAUUUUGUUUGAGACUGACUGCCCUUGGUGUGAGAUUCGACCGACACAUGCAGGAUAUAAGUACAUUCAAAGGGAAAAUUUGGAUUUUCCGAGUGUGAAGAAAGAAAAAUGGAAACCAGACCACAUGGUUAAGAGCAGGAAUGAACCAUGCAACAUAAGGCAUGUUUUGGAUAUUGUCUCGGCCAUCCGGAAUGAAGAUCCAGAUGAACUAUGUGAAAAAGUUUUCCAAAACACAUUGAGCCUAUUUUUUAGUGAUGAAUAAAUUAUAUUUUGAAAUAA